UCCUCAAGAUGACGAAACAUGUUUCAGCAUUGCUCUUGGCACUAUCAGCGUCUGUCAUUCAAGCGCAGGACAGUCCUUGUUGUGAAGCUCUUCGAUCGUCUGGUCUGAAUGUUUACUUACCAGAUGAUGCUGCCUACCAAGACCGCACCGACUCGUACUUCUCUAUUAGUGCGCAACUGCACCCCUGGUGCUUUGUACAGCCUAUCGAAACUAAAGAGGUGGCUAGCGUUGUAGAUACACUUCGUGAACAUCCUUCCUGUGUUGAUACCAAAUUUGCCGUCCGUAGUGGAGGCCACGCGCCAUGGGCAGGUGCCAACAACAUCGACGAUGGCGUGACCGUUGACCUUGGGAUGAUGAACGCUACAGUAUUGGAUCUACCUCGCAAUGUCGCAGGCGUUCAGCCUGGAUCUCGCUGGGGUCGCGUUUACGGAACUCUAGACCCAUUAAAUUACACAGUCGCCGGCGGUCGUGCCAUUAGUGUUGGCGUCGGGGGUUUUCUCACUGGCGGCGGGAACUCAUUUUUCAGUGCUCGAUACGGCUUUGGCACUGAUACAGUCAAGAACUUUGAAGUGGUUCUUGCCACUGGCAGCGAAGUGAUCAACGCCAACAGUACUGAAAACACCGAUCUUUUUCAGGUUCUCAAAGGAGGUUCUGGAUCCAACUAUGGGAUUGUGACCAGAUACGACAUGCUCGCUAUCGAAGGCAGUACACUCUGGGGUGGAACAGCAUUGUACAAUAAAUCGGAAGGCCAGAAACUCAUUGAUGCGCACGUUGCCUGGACCGAUAAUGUUCAAAACUACCCUCCUGGCAGCGCGGUUUUGAUUUUCAAUUACGAGCGCUCCUUAGGAGACAUUGCCGUUCUUACUUUUUACCACGACACCGAAGGCCGUGAGGCUCCGCCCGCAUUCGAUGAGUUUUUAGCUAUACCCCAGACCUCGAAUACAUUAAGGUUUGCAAGCCACCAGAACAUGUCGGGUGACUUGGACAUACCAUUCGGAUUCCGCAACAUCUGGCAUACCACGACCAUCCGCAACGAUCCCCGAAUUUACAACAAGUUUGUCGAAAUCCACGCGCAACUUGUGGACGAAUGGAAAGCUGAGGUCUCAGAUCCCGAAUUCACCGCUGCGAUGAAUUUCCAAGCUAUCCCCACGAUCUUCACUGAACACAGUGUUGCCAAUGGCGGUAACGUCCUUGGUCUUGAUCGUGUGGACGAGAACGUAGUAAUGAUUCAUUUCUUAAUGUCUGUCAAGACUGUCGAGCUUGAGGUCAAGGCAACAGAGAAAAUCAAGAAGUAUGGUGCAGAAAUGGACGCUUUUGCUGCCAGCGUUGAUGGUCUUGUGGAAUGGAAGCAUUUGAAUUACGCAGGGGGCGACCAGGAUCCGCUUGCAAGCUAUGGGGAAGAGAAUAAUAAGAAGAUGAGGGCUGCGUCUGCGAAAUAUGAUCCUACGGGAUUUUUCCAGAACAAAACGCCUACUGGGUUCAAGUUGUCGAAGAGCGGCACUGUCUAGAGCGGCUUUGUCCAUUCCCUUCGCACUCGAAUGUAGCGAUCCCUUGACCAAAAUUUACCACAAUUUCUCGAAACACCAUCUUGAAAGCGUCAAACGUGAAGCCCGACUCUGGCAAGCCCAAAACGACUGCAGUGGCUCGUGGAAGAUCCAAUCGUUCACCCCCAGGUCGCCAGUGCUAACGACGGUGGCGUCCAGGCCACGACCUUUCGUGAAGUCAAAAAUCUGCUGAUUGACCUCUUCUAGCUUGCGAUUGAUGUAGAGAUCUAGACCCAAGCUAUUUAGAAUAAUGUCCAUGUUAGAAGCGUUGUCGCGGCUGCCAAUAGCAACAACACGGUAGCCCAUUGCCUUUGCGAAUUAAAUUCUGAAAACUCUAAGUCCCCUAACACCCACAAUAGCUAUCGUAGACCCCUUCUUUGCUUUAGCUUAGAGAAUAGCUGUUUAUAUUAUGUAACUAGCGCACAUUAGCGGUGCUGCCUGCUUAAACGGCAGCUCCUCUGGAACCCGCAUGAUGGCAUUGUCAAAAGAUAUCAUGUACUCUGCGAACCCCCUGUCUGCCUUUACAAAGAAGCCUACCAUACCAAAAUUUCCCACAAGGAUAAGCUAAAUGCACGAUACUGCAAUAACAAGACUAUAGGCGGAAUCUUAAACUUGGUAGUCCGUGUAAAAGGAGCUUGCUGCGACAUUACAGACCAAGACCUCGAUUCGCCGUGGCUUAGGGAUGGGGAUUUUCUCGAGUUUGUAAUUCUCCUU